GGCAGGGGCCUGGAGGGCGAGACCCCAGGGGUAGGACGCCCGGCUUGCGGCAGGCUGUCCCUGCUCUCCUGUUCAGCAGCAGGCGUGGCUCCGAGAGGGUUUUCUGGGACGGCUCUGGGACUCUGGCAGGCCAGGCCAGAACGAGGAGGAAGGGGUCCCCAGAGUGAGCGCCGAGCUGGCAGGGCAUGAGGGACUUGUGGGCCAGGGUGGGUACAGUUUGAGAUUGGCUGUGCUUGACGGGGUAGCGCCAGGCGCCCCUGAGGCUCCCCGUGAAUCUGGCAGGGGUGAGGCACGCCUGUGUCUGGGGUCAUUUCUGGGCUCAGCUUCCUGGGCCAGGAGGGGGUGUGUCUACUGAUCUGCAUGUCCCCUCUGCAGCCUGGGAGACCCAGGCCAGGGCCGGCCUGCUGCCGCCCCACCCAGGGCUCCCUGAAAAGCUGCAGAGACCGUGACCCUAGCAGGUAGCCCCAGACCCCCGCGCUUUUGGGUGUGGCUCCCGAGGGGAGGACGGGGCUCAGGUCAGGGAUGAGCUGGGAGGAACACACGGUGGGCGGGCACUUGGGAAGUCAGGGGAGCAGCAGGGCAGGGCGGCUGGGACCAGGCUGCCUGCCAUCGUGGGUUCAGCAGGGAGCACCCCGGACACAUGGGUGUGGGUGCCUAUGGAGAGGGUCUCUUGUCCCCACUCACCCCUCACCCGUGGGGCCGGGCAGCGAGUGAAGUCUGGAGGGACCCCUGGGCCCAUCUCUCUCCAGCCUUGAGAAGCGAGGGAGCCCAGUGUCUGGUGGGUGUCCUGCGAGGGCAUGGCUGGAGGUCGUGUCCAGGGGCAGGGGAGCUGGCGUGGGCUCUGGGUUAUGGAGUUCCAUACCCCACACGCCGUGGUGACAGUCUGCCCUCGUCACAACAGUGACCCCACAAACACACUGUUGACGACCAGAGCCCACACUGCACCCAGGUUCUCCUGCCCCCCUUAGUGCCCUUCACCUGCCCGGGGCCCCCGGGACCCUGGUGACCCUCGUCAGCACAGCCCUCGGGGCUCCAGGGCAUGCCCCUCACUGGGCUCCCUGCGCUCUGAUGCCUCCACCGGGCCGAGAGCUCUGCCCUGUGUCCUGCAGACCCUCGUCGGGCUGGGCACGACCACCCCUCCCCAGCCCUGAAGCAGGCUGCAUGAUGGCAGCUCGCAGCCCCACCAGCAAGCCUGAGGCAGGCCACACUCGGGGACGUGGCUGGGAGCACCUCCUCUGGACCACACCCCACCUAGCACCGACCCCUAGUGGGGCGGGUCCUGCCUCCAUCCCCACCCUAGGCCCACCACAGUUCCAGAGUGGGGGCCAGGGCAAGCGUCAUGGCCUCGUCUCCUCCACCUGGACUCAGGCCAACAUGCCCAGGGAUGGGACCAUCCCAAAGAUCUGGGACAAGCAGAGGGUUCCCUGGGUCAGGGCAGGCUGGACCUGCCGCCGCCAGGUGGCCCCGCAGGAGCAGCCAGUUCCCGAGACGGGGUCUUUGUGGCUUGCUGAGUUUCUGGGUACCCAGCCAGGUGCCCGUGGAGCAGUGGACAUGUCCCUCUCCACGCUCAUCACUGUCCUUGGGCUCUGGGGCUUCUCACGCCUUCCAGCGCCCCAACCCCAGCUCCUAAGGGCAGGCAGCACUGAGGUCCUGCAAACGCUACCUACCUCCUUGCCAGCUCUGGGUUCUCCUCCAGGGACUUUCCUGCCAGUGUUGGGGGGAUCUGUGCCAAGGGUCUUGGAUCUCCCCUCAGCCCCACCUCCUGCCCAGAGGGUUCAGCUGGGCCUGGAGGAGGAGCGGGGUGUGCAGAGCCCCUGGCCAUCAGCUUGGCCAAGGCUGUGGUCAUCAGGACUUGCUCCUCACUGUGGGAGGCAGCCUUGUGGCCCAGAGCAAGCAGCUGCCUCCUGCUUCACAGGCACGACCAGGGACCCUGGGGCAGCUUGUCCAGCUGUCCUCAGGAGGCCACUGGGUAGAACCUGGCCUGAGCUCCACCACAGAGAUGAGUAGGCCUGACCUGUGGCAACUGGGGGCCAACGGGCACGCCUCGAGGAAGCCACCGUCGCCUGCGUCCCGCCCCACGUCCACCUUCAGGAGUGGGGAUCUGACCGUCAGGCACGUCGCAGUGGGACCAGCAGGCGUGGCCCUCGGCAGGCCCCAGUGCUGGGGGUGCUGGCACCAAGGUCUCUCCAUCCUCCCAACUUCUGCCCAUGGACGGGUGCCAGGAGUGCGGCCCCAGAGCACAGGCUUCUUCACAAAGGCCCCAGACCUUCCCUGCACCCGAGGGGCCUGCCCUCCCGCGGCCUGCCGUCGGGGCUGGGGCCAGGGCCUGUUAGGGGUACCCAGUGGCUCUGGGGCUCCCUGGCAGCCCCCUGGCGCCCGGCACUGCUGAAGAAGUGCUUCUGGCUCAGGGCAAGGCGGCCGUCGCGGCGCCUCUGGGCCUGAAGGGGCUCGGAAGCCGGCAGACGCACACCUCCUGGGUCCAGGCUCUCGGGGCCUUGUCUGCAGAACAGGGAGGGGCAAUGUGGGCACCCCUGCCCCGGGGGUCCCUGUGCCUGGGCACCGGGGGUGGCAGGUGGUGGUGCGGAUGAAGAGGGCGCUGAUCGCGACCAGGCUGCAGUGAGAGACUGCGGCGGCCCCCACCAUUGCUGCCCUCCUCGUGAAAGAGGUCGGAAACGGUAGUGUCACUUCAGUGCGGCAGACCCAG